AAAAUGAAAGAGUUUGGUGUCACCAACUUUAUCCAGCAGCAUAUGCUAUGGAAUGUGCUCGUCCUAAACGAAGGUGCUCGCACAUUUCGGCUCAGACGCCAUUACUACUAGGUCUUCCAACUUCCGCCCAGCAACUCUACCUCUUGAGCAACAUGAGAGGCUGGGCGGCCGCCUCGGUUGCCUUGGCGGUGCUGUGCGGCGUCCAUGCAGAGGUCGUGCUUGAGGCGUUGCAACGGGAUGAUACCUGUGCAGAUUCAGGAGACUGCGACCUUUCGCUGGCUCAGCUUAGAGGUUUGCAGGAAAGCGUGCCAAGCCAGGAAGCAGAAGUCGCAUUGGAGACAAAAGCAGGACGUGCCACCGCCGCUGCAGACAGCGCAGAAGUGAAGAGACUGAGGAUUGUGAAUGGUUGCCAUAGCAAACCGAUGUGGAUAGCUCACGCCAUUGGUGCGGGCAGCGGGCCUGAUCAAAAUGUGAAGAUUUUGCCUGGUCAGUUCCAUGAUUUUCCCACUCCCAGCCACUUGUCGGCUACGCGAUUUUGGCCCAAGAUGGGCUGUGACGACUCGGGUCAUAACUGUGCCAUUGGAAGCAGUGGAGGCCCUGGGCAAAUUUGUCAGUUCAACCCCAUCACUGGUCAGGAGGAUUACAAGAACUGUGCACCACCGGUCGAUACCAAGUUCGAAGCGAGCUUUGGUGAGAACGGUGCGCCUUGCAAUCCCAAGACCCCAGGAGGGGUGGAGAUGAAAGGUUGCGACUACGUGGACAUCAGCUUGGUGGAUGGCUGGACGUUGCCUGUGAAGUUGGACAUCCAGGGUGACUGUCGCACAGCCACAGACCAAAAAGUGAACGUCUUGGACUGCGAGGGCUUGUCCUUGGGCCUAUGCCCAGCUGCGGAGCGCUUGACGGCCGCAGGAAUUUUCGCCGACCUUCACGCCAUCAAUCCAAAGACGCACAAGGUAGCUGGAUGCUACAGUCCAUGUAGCAAGCUGUUGGAUACCAAAUGGAGCAAUAAGGAAAGGCCUGCUGGACGCCGACCCGAAGAGAGUGAGGUGUCGCCCUAUUGUUGUCCAACACCUCCCCAGACACCUGAGAGCUGCAGGGCAGGGCCGAUCACUGGAACAAGCUUCCUGAAGACCGUGCACGAGAAGUGCCCGGGCGUCUACGGAUAUGCCUAUGAUGAUGGAAUGGGUUUGAUGCGCUGCUCUUCAGCGACUCAUUACACAGUGACAUACUACUGUCCAGCAGACAUUCCUGCCUGAUGGAUCCGAAGGUGAUCGAAGGAACACUGCCUUUUGCUGCCAGCUUGACUGAUUUGGCCCCUUCGACGAGCUUGGCCAGAUUUUGAGCGGCCGAGUGCCCAGGAGGACCAGUGCCAAAGGGCACCCGUUUUAUGUGGACCCGAAAAUCACAGCUGCAGCUUUUGAUGUCCACGUUUCCAUAAUAAAACUCCCCUGGUGCAUCAAAUUCAGCAAAAUGGCAAGGAAAAAAGUUGCCAUUGCCAUUAGAUAGUCCAUUGACAUCAUCGCAUGUCGUGCUCUCACGUAGUUGACAUGCCAGACAAAAGGGU